UGGACUGCAGCUGGCCACCAAGAUCCAGUUGCGGGCUAUAUAUAUAAAUAUAUAUAAUAUACAUACAUAUAGGUUAAAGACAAAAAAAACCCGGAGUCCCCUCCAGAAAUAUCAAAACCCCCACUUAACAUACGCCUGAUGCUAAUAAUAAUAAUAAUGAUGAUGAUGAUGAUGAUGAUGAUGAUGAGAUAAAAUACGUCUCAGCUUUCAGGGCUUCGGUUCGGCUCGAUGUUAAGAGUACAUAACCGAUACAAGUGCAGCAUUUUAACUCUUUGUAAUGUAUGUACUGUACCUUUCGUCAUUUCGCAGGCCCGUCUUCUUUUUUCUCCUUUUUUUUUUUUUAUAAUAGUACGUUAGAGGUUUUGAAUAGAAAAGGCCAAUGCCGCAACACUUACACCACUACUAAUCCGUAUUUUCGCACUGAAUAGCGCAAUCAACCAUAAGAUUGAUUCAUAAACCCAGACCAAUCCGGGAGAACUGUCCAAGUGGGGAAUAAUGAGGCCGUGUAGUAGCAGCCUCUACUCCGUACUAUGGCAGAGAAAGGCGAUCUGGCGGGAGAAACGGCACGACGCGACAAGAUAUUAUUUUUAGUAUUCGCAUCUCCGGUUCAUGUUUUAUUUAGAAGUUAGAUAUAUACUUUUCUGUGCUUGCGAGUACGACUCUACGGAGUACAUACGCUGUACAUAUACAAGCCUCCCCCUUCGAAUUUCCCCAUAUCUGGCUCAUUGUCUGGUCUGCCACUACUCCGUACUCAUGUAGAGGGGAGGGAUUUCAAUUGUCCAAAGCCGCCACAUCCAGGGCCUCAAUGCAACCUUGGAAUGCGAGCUGCGGAGGAUUAUCAGCGAUACCCGCAGCCAACCCAGGAUAAGCUGGCCCCUGGUUGAUGGAUGGUUAUUCUUAUUUGGAGGAGCGGGUUAGCCUGCGUGUUAACCUGCGUGUUAUAAAUCAACGUUGGUGCCAGAGAUCAACCUUCUUCUUGUCUACGCGCAGCGUAUUUGCUUGCCUAGCUAAAGUUAGUUAAAAAGUUAGUUAACUUAGUUAACUAACUUAGUUAACUUAAGUUAGCUGUUUUAACUUACUUAUUAAUAAUUGCGCGCGCCCUCGACAACAACAAUUACUCACAGCAGGAACGACUCUCGCGCGUGCGGGGGAAUCGAUAUCAAUAUUUAUUCAAAAAAAGAAAAAAGAAAAGAAAAGAAAAGAAAAGGUUAUAAAUUCAACCCCCAUUGAAAUUGAAGGCACAACCCAAACUCAACACAAUAUCUGCCUUGAAAAAACAUCCAACCAUGGGCCAGAGUCAACCCAGGACCCCAACACCUCCUCAGCCUGUUAUUUUGCGCAUUGCAGGAGUGUGGGUGGUGGCUAGGGCCGAUCGUGGUUGAUUUUCAAUUUCAUUGUAUCAAUCCUCCUGAACCACCGCCGCCAUUCAAAAGAAACCACAAAAGGCUUUCCAGGCGGUUGCGAUAUUAAGCAAGUAACUUAAGUCAGUGUAGAAGGAUUGAGCCAGUCACUCACCUCAACCCCACUCGCUGCAUAAACAAUAUAUAUCUUCGUCUACACUGCUUGCUAUUACAUUUGCAAUUAUUCCCCCCGCCUGUCUUCCUCUCUCCACCCCCUUUGUCCUUCAAUGCACACCCUCGCGACAGCUCACUUGCGGCUAAUGGACGGCGACUUUCUGGACUCCGCUGCCCUCCACUGCCCUGGCGAUCUCCUAACUCGUUCUUGAUUCAAAAGAAAAAGAAAAAAAAAAAAAAAGCUCGCAAUAUGGACCAGGACGGUGGCAUGCACAGGAGGAGGGAGCAUGACGGAGGACCUAUUUCCGAAGUGGCAGGAAAUGGAGCUUCUACAAGUCACAGCAGCCCCUUGCUGCAACCUCCAGAUGCGCGCAAGGCGUCUCGAACAAGCACAGCCAAUACGGCCAGUUACAAAGCUGAGGAGCGCAACCUUCACAACGAUAGCAAGCCCCCACUAGUCAAAAGCCAUACGGCGAUUCCCACCACCAAGCCACCAGUGGCAGCAGCAGCCUCACCUUCGUUGUCUCAACCGCAGUUCAAACUUUCGAGUACAAGUAAUCAGGAAUCACAAUGUCAGGCCCUGAUCGAUCCUCUAUCCCAGCAUAUCCUCCAACGAACGAAUACAGAUAGAUCAAACCCCCCAAGAUUACGAACUCAAGGAAAAUCUGACACGGAACCGGGUGGGUCGGAGUUCCAAUGGGCCCUUACCCAAGAAGACUCUUCGUCUGGAAUAUUAAGAGAAGCAAGCCUAUAUCAGAAAAAUUCUAAGGAAAAGAAGAAAGGCGUUUCAUUCUUGAGCCGUAUCAUCGGCAGCAAGAAGAAAACCUCCGCUGAGUGGAAAGACGAUGUCUCUGAAACGGGCGAGAUCCGUGCCACCGGUAUGGACGCUGAAGUAUUUGCUCAACCGAUAGGAUUUAUCCCUCGAUAUCCCCCGCCACCGAAAUAUAUCAAAGUUCGCUCUCAUUACAAGAAGGAUAAAGACUUUAACCGCCUGUUUAUCGCUCAAGAGCUCUGUGGUACUUGUUCUUCCACCAAGAACAAGUCAUUAGAUGGCAAGGAUAGUUCAACCGGUUCAGAAGAGAUUCCAGCAACCGGUAAGGCAAUAUGGGCCCUUGAGUUUUCCGAGGAUGGAAAAUUCCUAGCUGCAGCUGGGCAGGAUAAAAAGGUUCGCGUUUGGGCUGUCAUUGCCACACGCGAGGAUCGCCAGGCGCAUGAGAUUGAAGAAGAGGCCCAGAACGACAAGCCAUUCAUACGACUAAGAGCACCUGUGUUUAAGUUUCAACCUGUACGGGAAUAUGAAUCGCACACCGCGAGCAUUGUUGAUUUGACUUGGAGCAAGAAUAAUUUCUUGCUGUCCACAUCGAUGGAUAAAACAGUUCGAUUGUGGCAUGUUACGAGAAACGAAUGCCUUUGUUGCUUUAAACAUAACGACUUUGUCACGUCCGUGCAAUUUCAUCCCCAAGACGAUCGUUUUUUCCUCGCUGGGUCUCUAGAUUCAAAGUUACGGUUAUGGAGCAUACCAGACAAGAGUGUAGCGUUUGUGACUACCCUCCCUGACAUGAUAACCUCUGUGGCUUUUACCCCUGACGGGAAGUACUCUAUUGCUGGCUGCCGGAACGGACUCUGUCUCAUCUAUGACACGGACGGUUUGAAAAUUCAUUCCCAAAUCCAUGUGAGAUCAGCACGCGGGCUGAAUGCCAAGGGCAGUAAAAUAACCGGAAUUGACACGAUCGUACAACCACCUAACAAUCCCAACGGCUUAGUGAAGCUUCUCAUCACAAGCAAUGACUCUCGAAUCCGUCUAUAUAACUUUAGGGAUCGCACACUGGAGGUGAAGUUUCGAGGGAACGAAAAUCAUUCUAGUCAAAUUCGGGCUACAUUCAGCAGCGAUGGCAAAUAUGUUAUAUGUGGAAGUGAGGAUAGGAAAGUGUAUAUAUGGCCUAUCGCCUCUCCGGAAAGGGACCCAGAGAAGCGCGCUGUUGAGAUCUUCGAAGCACACCCCUCUGUCGUCACGACCGCUAUUUUCGCUCCGAAUAAAACUAGACAGUUGCUUGGGGCGACUGGUGACCUCCUUUAUGACCUUUGCAAUCCACCUCCUAUUACUCUUGUUAGCCAAGCACCGUCUGUGGCGUCUAAACCAACUACUGAUGCCGGUGGCUCCCGGGAAGGGUCGUUGGCACCCACCCCCAGAAGCUCUACAUUUCCACUUACUCGGAAACCAGAAGAGUUCCAGCCACCUUCAACGAAAUUUUCUCACCCUUGCGGAAACAUAAUCAUCGCUGCAGAUGCCAAUGGCACCAUCAAAGCUUUUCGACAGGAUUGUGGAUACCAUAAACUGCGGAGUGAUGUGUGGGAUACUGGCUUUUCGCGAAGGAUUCUUGGCCGAAACAAUUCCUUCUCUACACGCCACAGUAUUGCUUCAUCAUUAGGCAAAGACUCCAUUCACAAAACACCAUCCGAGCGCAUAUUAUCAUGGCGAAACACAGUAAUGGGCGCGGAAAACUCCAGCUUUGACAACCUUCGCUCCAGCCUAUCCAUGAGAACCCGAAGCAUCUCUCCUCGCAAGUCCUCCACAAAACAAAAGGAAAAGAAUAAGGAUAAGCCUCAGCGGGGCCGGGGCCAGGGCCAGGGCCACAACCCAAGCGUUGUUUUCAACCCAGCGGAAGAGCCGUCCAUACGUUCGUUCUCCCCCGCUUUCUCAUCUAAACAACCCUCCAUGAUAGACAGACCCUCUUCCGGUACUGCAGCAUCCUCUGAAUGUAUUCCACAGCAGCAGACACCGCGAGAACCACAUACCAGCAACAAGCAUGAACGCCGCCACAGCGAAAAUCUCAGACCAGCAGCAAUAAGAGCGUGUUCGCCAGAUAACCUCCUGCUAUUGGAUGACCAGAGCUACAUGUACUGGAAUAAGGAUGCGUUCGCCUCCCAAGCGUCAGGCAACCUGCGGCCCGUUGAGUCGCUUGAGCAUGACGAGCGGCACCCGUUCGUACGACAGGUGAGUAAGGUGAGCACGUUGAGUAGUGAUAUUCUUUCCUCGGAGGUGGAUUUUUAUCAUGCUCGUGCCGAGAAUGGUCGAGGUUAUGGAGAUUGUGGUGGUGAUGAUGAGGAAGAGGAAGGGGGGGAGGAUGAUGACGUUGAUGGGGAGGAUCUCAGGUGUCCACGGUGUCGGGGGGAAAAUUUCCGUGCGAUGCGCAUGAAGAGUGGGGAUCCGAAGUUGAUAUGUGUUGGGUGUCGGUUUCCUGCGCGGUGAUGGAGGGAACGAGGGAAUUACUCGUAUGGUUUAUGAAAUCUGAUUUUGAUAGAAGGGGACGAACGGACGAUUAGUCUAACGUUUCGUGCACCUGUGUGUUUCUUCACUUUUUAUUUUUUAGUUUCUUUUUGGCAAGGGGUUUCGCUUUUUGGCUGGUUGGUAGCUCUUGGUUUAUUGGUAUUGUCAUUAUUAUUGUUUUUUUUUUUUUU